CCUCGCACUGAGACACCGAGAGAGCGAGCGAGAGGAGCGCAGAGGGGCCAGGUCGCUGCCAAUAGCACGAGUCAGGGAGGGAUCCAGGCGUCCAACCCCGGCAGAGCUAACCGGGUCCACCCAAGAAACCCGUACUCGGAAACUCCGUCCAGGAUGGGUGCUCAGUCCAUCAGGAGAAGCCCCCUGAAGGGUGAAGGCUCUUGAGGGAGACGGGAGGCUCGGGGCCAGCUCUCCUCGCUUCUGGAUUAGCUGGGGUUCGGUGGGGGACUUUUUUUUAACCCACAGAAUCCAAACAUUGAUUUAUUUAAAUCGACCUCUCCACCCCAAACUGGUCACCUCUAUUAUAUUUAUAUAUAUUUGGCUGGGGUUAGGGAGAGAAGAGGAGGCAGGAGGACGCCCCUGAUUGGGGUGGGGGUGGGUGGGGGGCUGGCUCUGCUCUUCAGCAUGGAGAGAUUGGAUUCGCACCUGAGCCGGAGAUGCAGCCCCAGUCCCGGCCCCAGCGGCAGCGGAGACAGCGGCAGCGGCAGCCGCGGGCGUGUUCCGGGGAAGAGGAGCGACUGGCUGGAUUCCCCGAGCAGCUAACUGGAGGGAGCGCCGGCGUCAGGAGACCGGGCUCCACGGGGGCUCCGGCCGCGGCGAGGUUCCUUCCUGCCUUUUAACACGUCUGAAACCAAGAGCAGUGCCCUGAGGGACAUCCCAAGAACAUCUCAGGUACUCUCCCCAACUUAUUGGACCUGAGCGCUGGCCACAUCUGUAAAACUUUGGACUUCUCUCAGAGGGGAGCAGGCCCCAGUGGGUCGUCAGGGACAGGGGGGAGUCCAAAGAUCCAAGGGACCCCCCCGGCCCACAACGCCAGUUCCUCAGGGAUGACUGCAGGGAGGGUCAACCCUUAUAGUAUAGUAUCCUCCGAAGAAGACGGAUUGCAUCUAGCCACAAUGCCAGGAGCCAAUGGCUUUGGCAAUGGCAAAAUCCACACGCGCAGGAAAUGUCGUAACCGCUUUGUCAAAAAGAAUGGCCAGUGCAACAUUGAGUUUGCCAACAUGGACGACAAGUCUCAGAGGUACCUGGCUGACAUGUUCACGACCUGUGUGGAUAUCCGGUGGAGAUAUAUGCUACUGAUUUUCUCUCUUGCCUUCCUGGUUUCUUGGUUGCUCUUUGGGGUGAUUUUCUGGGUCAUCGCUAUUGUGCACGGGGACAUGGAGAAAUCCCUGGACGAGAGGAACUACAAGCCCUGCAUUCAGCAGGUGCACGGCUUCAUGGCUGCCUUCUUGUUCUCCAUUGAGACGCAGACGACCAUCGGCUACGGCCUCCGUUGUGUGACGGAGGAGUGCCCCAUUGCCGUGUUCAUGGUGGUGGUACAGUCUAUUGUUGGCUGUAUCAUAGACUCCUUCAUGAUUGGGGCCAUCAUGGCCAAGAUGGCCAGGCCCAAGAAACGGGCCCAGACCUUGCUCUUCAGCCAUAACGCGGUGGUGGCCAUGAGAGAUGGGAAGCUUUGCCUUAUGUGGCGGGUGGGGAACUUACGCAAGAGUCACAUCGUGGAGGCUCACGUUAGAGCUCAGCUGAUCAAGCCGAGGGUCACCGAAGAAGGGGAGUACAUCCCCCUUGACCAGAUCGACAUUGAUGUCGGCUUUGACAAAGGUCUAGACCGCAUCUUUUUGGUGUCCCCCAUUACCAUCCUCCACGAGAUCGAUGAGGAGAGCCCCCUGUUUGGGAUCAGCCGGCAGGACUUGGAAACUGAUGACUUUGAGAUCGUGGUCAUCUUGGAAGGGAUGGUGGAGGCCACGGCCAUGACCACGCAGGCCAGGAGUUCCUACCUGGCCAACGAGAUCCUCUGGGGUCACCGCUUUGAGCCCGUCCUGUUUGAGGAGAAAAACCAAUAUAAAAUCGACUAUUCUCACUUUCACAAAACCUAUGAGGUCCCAUCCACGCCCCGUUGCAGUGCCAAGGACUUGGUAGAAAAUAAGUUUUUGCUCCCAAGCACCAACUCCUUUUGCUAUGAGAACGAACUGGCUUUCAUGAGUCGGGAUGAAGAUGAGGAGGAGGAGGAUGACAGUCGAGGUCUGGAUGACCUGAGCCCUGAAAACAGACAUGAGUUUGAUAGACUUCAGGCCACAAUAGCUCUUGAUCAGAGAUCUUACAGAAGGGAGUCAGAAAUCUGAGCCUUGCUGGUUCAGUUUUUCCUCUUCUCUUUUCCCCUACAAUCCACCCAGGUUUAUGCAGAACAUUGUUAAGUGCCAUAGGGAUGGUUGAAGAUUUUAGUAGUGUCUUAGUAGUUUCACAUGUUUCAUCGCAAUAACCUUGAAAGGGUUGGCAGGGAGAGGGAUAAGAAGUCACAAGCAGACCCCUGAGGGUUUAGACUUCUGGUCAUCGCUGGCUGGAGGGUCUUUCCCCAAGGUUCAGUCUGUGGGCUCAGCCCCCGGGGGGCUGCAUAGGGGUCUCAUUCAGGACCCGGGGCUUUUCCCUUGGAUGCCUGUUAAGACAGCAAAUAGCUCCUUGAAGUCAAAGGUCACAAAGAGUCUCAGUGUUGCAUAGCCUGAAACCUAAUCAGGUUAGAACAGACUGAGAAUUAAUCUGGCCAGGAGACACAGUUGAGCUUGCCUGGGGAUGGCAGCUGGGUAGGUGCAAUGCUGCACACUGGUUUUUAACUUAGGGGGGAGACAUCAGGUUUUUAAUUUUUCAACUUAGCGCUGGUGAGACUGUUUACAAAAAAAUACAUAUAUAUUAAAUUAAAAUAUAAUUCCAAAAAAGAACAUUUUUUAAUUUAAAAAAAAAAACACAAGAGAUCAGAACUUCCUUCCCCCACAGUGGAAUGGAACAGCCAAAGAAGGCCCCAGCAUCUGGCUGAAGGGGAUUAGGGAUACACUGGAAGACUUCCUGGGGCUAGAACUGUCUCUUUUCCCUUGAGCAGGCUCCAUCCAUCCCAGGGAAGUGGACACCAGUUCCCCACCUGUGGUGUCCGACAACAGCAAGCACAAUUAUCUACACCUUAGCUCAUGUUGCUCAUAAGGAAACUUAGAUUCCAUUUGUAAUAGAAAAGCAGAACCAUAUUAAUAAUAAUAAUAAAAAUCAAAAAGUAUGGUUUUGGUGGGGGAGGGUUGGGGCAAGGGAAGGGAUUGGUCUAAAAUCUCUUUGCACCUUAGAGAUACAUUUUGUUGUGAAUCAUACCCCACUUAAACCCAUCCCCCUGCAUGUGGUUUGAAGGCCACUGCUUAUGGUUUCCCUGAGCCUUUGGAAAUGGUAGGGAUUUGUAUUGUUGGAUUUUAGAUCUAUAAUUGUUUUCCUUUUUUCUUAACUCAACCACCCAACUGUCUGAACCCCAAGAAAUCCACCUUACAUUUUGAGUUGAGCAAAAAGUAGGUUAUUGCUUAUUCUAUCUUGGUCUCCUGAGACAGUGUGGUAUAUAUAAUUGGAGGAAUCCUGGAUAAGGAGUCUAUAUACCUCUUACACUUAUCAGGUAAAUCACUUAAUCUCCUGGGCCAAGAUCUCCUCAAUCUACAGAGUGGACUAGAUUGGAUUAUCUUUUCUGGUCUCAUCUAAUUCUAAAAUCCUAUGAUCUUUCUUCUACAAUUGGCAGCUUGGAGAUUUAUGAAUUACCACCUUGGAUAAUCAUGCCAUGUGUGGAGGUGUGUCUGUCAAGUUCCCAAAUAGCAGAAGGAAAACCAGGAAAGAAACUGACAAAAUGAAAAAUAAAAAUAAAAAAUAAAAAACCCACUGUUCUGAGUCAAACCAUCUUCACUCUCCAGGCACUUUGAAGUGGGUCAUGCCUUAGAGACACAAAAUUGCCCAGCAAAAGUUUCUUUUUUACCUAAUCACGAUUCACCCUUUUAAAAAUAUUCCGUGAUGCACCUCCUAAAAAAAAAUCUCAUUUUUCCCCUCUGCCAUUCUUUAUGUAUCCCACCUUCUUGGCUGUGACUAUGGCACUGAGAAAUCAGUAAAGCCACAUGCAUAAAACACACAAAUACAUAAAAGCAAAUUGCCUUUCCCCCACUUGGAGGAGGUUUGUUGAAGAGACCAAUCCAGGUAUCCAGCGUGAUAUUGGAGAUCUGUCAUCCUAUCCUCUCUCUAACCCAGAAUAAUGGUAAUUUUAGAGAAAAAAACGCAGAAAAAAGGUGUGCUACUCUCUGCCCUUUCCCUGGAUGUCCUAAAAGAGGCCUGUCCAAUAUCAUCCAUCACUUCAGUGGAAAGGAACAGAAUUUAGGAAGAGUUUGCCUUAUCAUCCCUAACCAAUAUAAAUCAGGAAGUGACAUCCAGGGCCAACCAGAAGUAGCAAAUAACCUGGCUCAAUAGAAAGAGAGAUGGAUUUGGAGUCUGUGUGAGCUUGGACAAGUCAGUCACCUCUGUAAUCCUCAGUUUCCUCAUCUGUAAAAUAAGGAAAUUGAGCUAAUUGGCUCUAGCUCUCCGAAUAAUUCCCUAAAAUCUUUAUCCCUAAUGUUUCCUGCUAAUUCUCUAUUCCCUGCUUACCUUUUUGGUGCCUGCUAAUGUCCAAGUCUGAUCACCUCAUUCAAACUUAAUAUGUAACCUCCCUGGGAGUGUAAUUUGAAAGAAAAAGACAAUUCUUAGCCCAAAGGAAUGCAUUUCUAGUAGAAUUUGAGGCACUGGGGACAGAGAUAAAUUUGCACAGUUACUCCCAGCAUCCAUGUCAGUAGCCACUAUUCUGUCUAUAUACAAGAUCGUUUAUUAUUCUCUGACUGACUCCCAGAAUGAGCCAGCUGGUUGGCCACGGGGACCCUAAGAUGGAGUUGCAAUGUUUCAGGGCUGCUGACCAAGGGCCAUCUGUCCCAACUCUGGCCCAGGAGGGUUCAGAAUCCAGAUCCAGCAGAGCUCAGCUUCACCAUCCAGAUUUGGGGAGUGGGAUGGGGUUUUCUUAGGUGACUGGGAGUCAGGGAGUAGACAUUUCAUAUCCUAUCUCCUUGGAAUGAUGGUUCUGGAGUUUGGAUUCUUUUUCAACUUCUUCUUCCCCCCUGACUUGGGGUAAAAAAAAAAAAGCACC